CUGCCAAAAUGUCCAGCCUACAGAGCUGCCCCUCGUGCGCUCGACAGAUGAUGUCGCGUUAGCUCUGCGAGUUUGGCAGCGAGCGGUUCUUAUUUAAGGAGGGACGCAUCUGGACCACGAGUGGAGCCGGCGUCCCGUACGAGCUGCGGAUUCCACGUGGCGAUGGGGACUCUGGGAGCGUUGCUGUUGUUUCUCACCACCAGCGCGGCACUUGUGUCUGCGGCUGUCGGUGGCAGAUGGACACGAGCGGACAACGUCACUCAAGCCAUUAGCGGCCUUGCCGUCGAAAUAAUCCCCACCAAUGGUGUCACCCCGGUGAGGGGACCGAUCAAGUACCCAAACUUCUUCAAUGCUUCUGACGACGGUGGCAUUACGAUUACCAAGAAGACAUGCGACAAUUCAUACGACUGGACCAGCUGUGCCAAAAAUCUAGCGGACGCGUGCUGCAAAAAGUACCCGAGAUCCUGCCUGGAGAUAAAACAGACGACAGACACAACCAAAGAUGGCAUCUACUCGCUGCAGACGAAGGAAGGCAAGCUGUACCAGGCGUUCUGCGACAUGCACACCAAGGGAGGGGGCUGGACCCUGGUCGCCAGCGUCCACGAGAACAACAUCGCGGCCAAGUGCGCCAUCGGCGACCGCUGGUCCAGCCAGCAAGGCAGCAACCCGUUGCCGAUCUUCGUGGAUGGCGACGAAAACUGGACCAACCUCAAUGUCUUCAACAAGAUCCUCUCCGCCACCGACACCGAUUACAAGAACGAGGGAUACUAUGACCUUGACGCGGACGAUAUCGCGAUAUGGCACGUCCCAAAUGGGACACCUUUGCCCCAGUGGAAGCAGUCGGCGAUCCUGCGCUACCACACGGAAGUCGGCUUUCUGGAACCCCUCGGGGGGAACCUUUACUCCUUAUACAAGAAUUUCUACCCAUUGACGUUUGGUUCAGGCACCUGUCAAAUCAAUAAUGGACCUUUUUACCCAAUAGUUUACGAUUUUGGAAGCAACAAUGUUGUCAACUCACUCAUCUGCCCUAACUGUAUAGGUGAAACACGGCCAGGGUUUGUGCAGUUCCGAGUGUUCAACACGGAGAAAGCCCCAUUCGCCCUCUGCUCCGGGGUCAUGGCUCUCAAGUGCAACACCGAGCAUUACUGCAUCGGCGGCGCGGGAUACGUUCCCGAGCAGUCUCCGAGACAGUGCGGCGACUUCUCCGCCUUCGACUGGGACGGCUACGGGACGCAGAUCAGCUGGAGCUGCUCCAAACAGUUGUUGGAGGCAUCCGUACUCAUCUUCUACCGCUGACGAAUUUCAUUUUUUACAUCAUGGGACCUCCUUUGCCAGUACCAAAAUAUACUAAUAGGGGUUUUCCCCUUUUUUUUUUGGCAACAAAACUGACA